GAAGAUCUGCAAGAGCUUCAGUUCCAUGAAGAACAAACGGCCUAAGUCAGAUGAGCGAGAUACAAGCGACGACGGUGAUUUAGAGGCGGAGGAAUGCGAUAUGGAGGUCCGGAAUAUGCUUAGGAAGAGCUUCCGUCAGGUGCAGUCCGUAUUGGAACAUAAUCGUUUGAUAAUCCAGCAGGUGAACGAGAAUCAGCAGUCGAGGAUCUCCGAUAAUCUGGUCAACAACAUCUCGCUGAUCCAUGAAAUUAAUGAGGCGUCGAGUUACGGAGUCGAAAUCCAGUGAAAACAAUGGAUGCGGAGGAACUAAGGCGGAAAUUCUCAGUAAUUCUGUUUUUCCUUGCCG